AUGGCCCUGGGCACCUUGGAGGGGCUCCUGCUGCCCCAGGACCCAGCAUUCCGGUUGGUGUAUCCCUACGACUUCAGGUUGACGGAGAAAGAGAAAACCAGUAUCUGCUACUUGUCCUUCCCCGACUCGUACUCAGGUGGCCUGGGGGACACCCAGUUCAGCUUCCGCCUUCGUCAGUCCGGGGGACAGAGGGCCACUCAUUACGAGGACGACGGCGAGUACAACAGAGAGGCGCCCCUGACACUGCAGCGGGAGGCAGCCCACUACUUCGGCUAUGUGUACUUCAGGCAAGUCAAGGACAGCUCCAUGAAGAGAGGUUAUUUUCAGAAGUCCUUGGUGCUGGUGUCACGCCUCCCGUAUGUGAACUUGUUCCAGUCCUUGCUGCAGCUGAUUGCUCCAGAAUACUUUGAUAAGCUGGAGCCCUGCUUGGAGGCAGUGUGCAAUGAGAUUGAUCAGUGGCCUCCUCCUGUGCCAGGGCAGACUUUGAACCUUCCGGUGAUGGGAGUUGUAAUCCAGGUGAGAAUCCCGUCCAGGGUAGAUAAGCCAGGAUCAAGCCCAGUGAAGCAAUUUAAUCAAGAGAAUCUGUUACCAGCCCCACUGGUUCUCCCCAGUAUUCAUGAACUGGAUCUCUUCAGAUGUUUCCAGCCAGUGUUAAUUCAUAUCCAGAUGUUAUGGGAGCUGAUGUUGCUGGGGGAGCCAAUUGUCGUAAUGGCUCCGUCCCCAACGGUGUCUUCAGAGAUGGUUCUGGCGCUUACCAGUUGUCUUGCUCCACUAAAGUACUGCUGUGACUACCGUCCCUACUUCACAAUCCAUGACAGUGAAUUUAAGGAGUACACCACGAGGACACAAGCUCCGCCAAACAUUGUUGUGGGAGUCACAAACCCUUUCUUCAUUAAAACCCUCCAGCACUGGCCCCACAUCCUUCGGGUUGGGGAGCUCCGAAUGUCAGGGGACCUGCCCAAGCAGGUUAAAGUGAAGAAGCUAAACAAGCUAAGAACUCUAGACACAAAACCAGGAAUCUACACUUCUUAUAAAACAUUUCUUCACAAAGACAAAACCCUGAUAAAGAGAUUAUUAAAGGGGAUUCAGCGGAAACGCCCGUCUGAAGUCCAGAGCGCCCUUCUGCGGCGUCACCUCCUGGAGCUCACCCAGAGUUUCAUUAUCCCGCUGGAGCAUUAUAUUGCAAGUCUGAUGCCCCUGCAGAGGGCCAUUACUCCAUGGAAGAAUCCCCCCCAAAUUCGUCCGUUCCGACAGGAAGAUUUCAUGAAGACCCUUGAACAUGCUGGUCCCCAGCUCACCUGCGUGCUUAAAGGUGACUGGUUGGGCCUCUACAGGCGUUUCUUCAAGUCUCCCAACUUCGACGGCUGGUACCGGCAGCGGCACAAGGAAAUGACCCAGAAGCUGGAAGCCCUGCACUUGGAAGCCAUCUGUGACGCGAACAUUGUGGCCUGGAUGAAGGACAAGUCGGAGGUGGAGAUUGUAGACCUGGUGCUAAAACUUCGUGAGAAGCUGGUGAGAGCCAGGUGCCAGCACCUCCCGGUGAAGGAGGAAACGCUCCAGAGGGUGGCUCUCUACAUCGACACGGUCAUCGGCUCGCUGCCCGAGGAUCUGCAGGCGGUGCUGCGCCACCCCUGAGCGCGGGCCCUGCCACGGCCACGGUUCCCUUUGCCAAGGAAACCUCUCCGCUGACCUGCAGCCACCAUCACCUGCCCUGGGUUUUGCUCGCCGAGGCGGCUGGUUUUGGACACGGGAGCACGCGCGCCCUGGCCCCGCUUUGGGAACAAAAUGGGAAAAACUGCUGCCCCUGGAGCUGCACAGGGAGGAGCCGCUCGGAAAGCGGCAGACAGACUGCCAGCAGCACGGGACGGGCUGUGCAAGGGGUCAUUGCCCACAUACACCCAUCAACCUUUCUAGCUAYGGGAUCUCGAGCGGCUCCCGGAGAUCCCCGGGGAGGAACAGGGCCCUAAAUGCACUUUAUUCUGCCCUGCAGACGGGUCCGAGGGCUGGGCCUGAGGUCCCCAGCGUGGCCCACACAGCUCCACGGAGGAUCUGUGUUUUACAGGCUGGGUCACCCUUGUCCCAUGGCCCGUCCUCCCCGUUUGACCCUCUGCGUUGGGGCCAAGGCCUGGGCGCUUGCCUCCAGCAGGGCAGGAUUCAGGGUGGGAUUCAGGGGGGCCCUGGCCUCUCUGCUGCCCUCCCGUCUCGUUCCUCAUGCCGGCAGCAGGGUUGAGCCUUGCCAGGCGCCGUGGGGACCAGGGCAGGUCACUGUGUCCCCAGGGCAGGUCACUGCGUCCCCGGGGCAGCCCGGCCCCCACAGCGAGUCCUGUGCGAACAGGGGCGUCUGUGCAAGAGCUCCGCGCUCGGACUCGAGCACUA